GAAUGCAGCGCCACGACUGCAUUGUAAAGGCCGUCGGCGAUGACUUGGUUAGGAAGGGGUGGAGCGUCACAUACGAAAAGCGCUUUAUAACACCCGUGGGAACCAGAAAACCGGACAUUUGUGCGCGGAAGGGAAACCGCUAUGCGGUUAUCGACGCCCAAGUCGUCGCAGUCGAUGGACUGGACGGGGCGCACCGGCGCAAAGUCGCCAAAUAUCGCGACGAGGCUCACUUGGCACCAAUCAUUGUCGAGGAAUUCGCGCAAACCCGCAACCUCGAAGGUCGACGUAUGAACCAGGCCGAUGUCUCUUUUUGUUCGGUCAGUAGAUAGACAACCUAUGUAUGGCCUCACAUAGGGAAUUCAAUGUGUAAGAGUGAGAGGUACAUAUUCAAUGGAUAAGAGUGAAACAGACGGUCUGAGGGAAAAACGGGGUAGUGGGGGGAGUGGGGGAUUAAAUUUCGUUUACCGUCGAAUAGAAAAAUCAUGCUUAGUGGUAAAGCCAGAAGAGCCUUAGCGUAUAUCUCAGCUAUCGUUGGUCCGAUUUAAACGGGGAAAAGGGGGUUAUGUAGAGAGCGUGAUAUAGAUUAACGUCGAACAAAAAAAGCAUGCGCAGUGGCAGGACAAAAGAACCUUAGCGUGUAUCUCAGCUAUCGUUGGUCCGAUUUAAACGGGGAAAAGGGGGUUAUGUAGAGAGCGUGGUAUAGAUUAACGUACAAGAGAAUUUUUGCGUAGAACGAAAAGCCAGAAGGGCCUUAGCAUAUAUCUUCACUGCUAUUGGUCAGAUUUAAACGGGGAAAUGGGGGUAUGUAGAGAACACCGGAAAGUUUGACGACUGACGUUUGACGUUUCUGCUAG